CUGCUGCAGGACACAACCCUGCCCCUGAGGAGAUGAAGAAUUUCCCUUAAACAUAAUAAUGGGCCUCAAGCGAUUUAUUGCUUUGACGUGUUAACAUAACGCUAUUUUAAACAUCAACUAUGAAUCAUGCAUUUGAUAUUUCUGUCAAAUCUGCUUGUGAGCUUUCUUGUUUCCUGGCUCCAUCCGUCCAUAGCGUCAGCGUCACUUGGAGUUGAGGAGAAUGAGGUUGCCAGGGACGCAGUGUCAUUGUUGCUGGAGCAGGAGGCAGCUGCAGCAGCAGCGGGAGCCUGGGAGAACACUAGCCACGCCGCAGCAGAGCAUGUGAUCACCUACCCCUCCCGCCUAAUCUACUACCUGAAUGAGAACUCGGAGAGCACCUACCAUGACCUGGACACUCGCACCAGGAAUCAAGUUAGCGAGAGUCCGGUGGUCCACCUUGCUCAAGCCAGUUUUCAGUUAGAGGCCUUUGGUUCCAGAUUUGUACUGGACUUAUCUUUAAACAAUGAUCUAUUGUCCUCAGAUUAUGUGGAGAUCCACGUUGAAGGGGGCAAACCCAUCCAUUCAAAGGGUGGAGAGCACUGUUACUACCAUGGUCAAAUUCGAGGAAUCAAUGACUCACUUGCCGCCCUGUCAACCUGCAACGGGCUGCAUGGAAUGUUUGAUGAUGGACUCUAUAUGUAUCUAAUUGAGCCUCUGAAACAGACUCACUCAAUUAGCGGUGCUGCGCGGCCCCACACCCUCCGCAGGGCCGCCUCCCUCACCAGCCGCCAGGACCCGGAGGAGGACGCAGCAGGAGGGGAGGAGCUGCUCGCGGAGCUAGAUGACAUGUCUUGGCUGAAGCGCAGGAAAAAGCGAGCUAUGCCACGCAAUGUGUUUGAGGAGAUGAAGUACUUGGAGAUCAUGAUCGUCAAUGAUCACAACAUGUACAAACGGCACAAGACCUUUCAGCACACCAAGAACUUUGCCAAGUCUGUGGUCAAUGUUGUGGAUAAUAUCUUCAAAGACCAGCUUCACACGCGUGUGGUUCUGGUGGGCAUGGAGGUGUGGGUGGACAAGGACCCGAUCCCCAUCAGCGUGAUUCCGCUGGACAUGCUGCGGGACUUCUCCAAGUACCGGCAGCAGCACAUCAAGCUGCGGGCCGACGCCGUGCACCUCUUCUCCAACGUGACAUUCCACUACCGCAGGAGCAGCGUGGGCUACUUUGGAGGCAUGUGCUCCUUGAGCCGAGGAGUCGGGGUCAUCGAGUAUGGCGCGACGUGGACCAUGGCUACAUCACUGUCUCAGAGCCUGGCUCAGAACCUGGGCAUUCAGUGGGAUCCAGAUAAGCGAAAGGAGUGUGGCUGCCUAGAUACCUGGAUGGGGUGUAUCAUGGAAGACACGGGGGUACAGCACCCCCGCAAGUUCUCCAAAUGUAGCAUCACCGACUAUAAGGAGUUCCUGCUGAAGGGUGGGGGUUCCUGUCUCUUCAACAGGCCCAAUAAGCUCUAUGAGCCAAACGAGUGCGGGAACGGCUAUGUGGAGGUCGGGGAGGACUGCGACUGUGGUGCCAAAGGGGAAUGCCAUAAGGAGUGCUGUAAGAAAUGCUCCCUGUCCAAUGGUGCUCACUGCAGUGACGGCCCCUGCUGCAACAAUAGCUGUCUGUUCCUCCGUCGAGGCUUUAGCUGUCGCUACGCGGUGAACGACUGUGAUAUUUCCGAGACAUGCUCAGGAGACUCUGGACAGUGCCCGCCAAAUCUUCAUAAACAAGAUGGCUACUUCUGUCAUCUAAACCAGGGACGCUGCUACGGUGGAGAAUGCAAGACUCGAGAAAGCCAAUGCAAAUACGUGUGGGGCUCCUCGGCCGGGGGCUCGGAGAAGUUCUGCUACGAGAAGCUGAACACGGAAGGCACGGAGAAAGGCAACUGCGGGAAGGACGGAGAGAAAUGGCUCCCAUGUAGCAAGCAUGAUGUGUUUUGUGGCUAUCUGCUGUGCGCCAACACUGGCCGCACCCCACGGAUUGGAAUGAUGAAAGGUGAAAUCACCCCAACUAGCUUCAACCACCACGGCCGAACAAUGGACUGCAGCGGGGGCCACGUGCUUCUGGACGACGAUACUGACCUAGGCUAUGUGGAGGACGGCACGCCCUGUGGUCCGUCCAUGAUGUGCCUUGACCGCAAGUGUCUGCCCAUCCAGUCCCUCAACCUGAGUGCCUGCCCCAGCGGGCCCAACGGCCACGUGUGCUCGGCCCACGGGGUUUGCAAUAAUGAAGGCACAUGCAGUUGUGACACCACCUGGGCAGGGACUGACUGUAGCAUGCCCGACCCUCCAAAGGUGCCAGAACCCACUGAGGACGAAGGACCCAAGGGUCCUAGCGCCACCAAUCUUAUAAUAGGCUCCAUCGCUGGAGCCAUCCUGGUGGCAGCCAUCGUGCUGGGGGGCACUGGAUGGGGCUUUAAGAGUGUGAAAAAGCGACGAGGGUACGACCCCAACGCUGGCGGCAUCUAGAGGAGGACCCAGCGAAGCGGACAGCGCUCAUCAGUAGUCUUCAGUUCCUCUUACUGCUGCUGCUCUUCAACCUUAGUUUUACUUGAAAUGUAGAGGAUUAUACAAUAGAGGACACUUUUAAAACUCCCAUUCUAGUAGAAACAAACGCAGCUUCUCCGAUCUGACCUGCUCUGGCCUAACCUCCCAUCUCAAUCUCUUAGAGUUCCCAUCCACCACCGCAGUCCAAAACGCACUCCAUCCUCUCAGCAGGCAUGACCUCCUGUACAGAGCGCUUGCUAGCCUUGGCAUGAAGGGUCCUCACGGAAGGAUUCUGCAUGGCUAAGAAAGCUAUCGAUAUUCAGCUGAAAAAAGAAAAGAAUAAAUAAAUACAUUUCUAUAGUUAAAAUGUGGGGAAAUUACUGACGAAUCAAAACAAGGAAAUAGCUUCACUUUAUAGCUUACAAAUGUUACUAUCCAAACUAGACAUCAACACCUGCUUUCAUUCUGAGUAAAGUGUGUGGAGUUAGAUGACAUGCCUACCCCAUGUCAGGCAUGCAGACCACACAAUAAACUGUACAUAUGGGUGGGUGGGGGGACUCUUCAGGUUCCAACGUACAUAUUUUUAACACUUCUUUUUUAAUCCAUUUUACGCAUGAGACAUAAGACAUUUUCCGCUUUUCAUCAAGGGUAAAACUAAAUCAAAAUAAUGUUACAGCAUAUUACAUAGCGCUGCCCCUUAGGUAUGUAGUGGCAUUAUAUCACAUCAGCUGUACUGUACCGUACACAGAGCGAUACGUGGGACUACUGGGUGAGGACCAGAGGCAAGGCUAAAGGGUCUGGAGCAGUCAAUCAGAUUCUGUCACAGGGAUCGCUGCACAUGAUAUCCCAGUAGACUCAAAGCCAAAGAAUAAUGUGAAGUGAAAAUGUUCUGGAUGUAAUCUCUGCUCAGAGCACUGUCCCUGCCCUCCAUAAACUAGCCAGUGUGUUCCAGUCAGGAGCUGAAGGACAGGUGAAUAGCCUCCUUCCGGGUAAACAUAAAAAUAAUAGGCAGUCACGGUCAGAUGACACCCAGCCAGUAUCCAAUGAAUCUUCUCUACGCUCAUCCUCUCACCUACUUAUCUCUCCUGUCCUGUCCUGUCCAGGCCCCAGUGGACCACAGGAUGCCCUCACGUAUAGUGGGUUAUAUUACCGUCAAGGAGUCUCAAACAAUCAGUGAGAUCAUAAACACUACACAAGACAUGCAUGUCAACAACACACACAUGUAACUUUUAUUUACUAUGCAAACAACAAUUUUGCACAAACUUGUUGAUUAAACCAUGGUGUGGUGAUAAUACCAAUAUUAUUUACAUGAAGAAUAAGAGCUGACCCUGUGGGCUCGAGAGUUUAGUGUGUCUGACCACCAACCCUGUGUCUCUUUUAAUUGCCAUCAAAAUGGAUUUAGUUUUUGGAGUGAGUGUUGGUUUACAUUUGUGGGUCAAACUGAACUUGUGUGUGUUUUUUAACAAACUUGCCAUUACCUCUGUCAUUUGAUGUCUCAGAUGAGACUCAAGCACUUUUUAAACAGGAUUGUUUCUUUGCAGCAGAGCUGUUUCGUAUGUCCCUGUGCAAGAUCCCAUGUUGAUAAAAAAAAAAAUCCAUUUUGUCCCUCACCGCACUGCAUCAUGUACAGAAAAAGAACAUUACUUGAUAAUCCAAUCAUAAAUAAACUGAAUAUUUUAAAA